UAUGUCUGAUUAAUUAGAUUAGUUAUAAGAGGGCAUUGUUCAAAAUGAAGUGUCUGAAAAUAGAGACUAAGAGCUUUUUGAUUAGAUGGCCUCAAGAUAAUAUAAUGAGAAAAAACAAAAUCUUUAAAUUGAAGAAGAGGAUGGAGGAGAUUAAAAUCAACCAGUUGGUGCUAUAUCAGAAGUUGUAAAACCAGACGAGAAUAAAAAGAACGUAUCUUAGAUUACAACCAAAAAUAGACCGUUUUGAUUAAUAAAGCAGAAACAAAAAGAAUAGUACAUUAGGCUGCAUUAGAAAGAAAGACAGAAGCAUUUGAAUAAACAAAAAGCUUUGAACUUCAUAGAUCAACAUAAAUUCUGUAACAUAGAUAAUUGGUGGAUUCUGUAUGGGCAAGAUUGUAGAAAGUAGUAGCUUCAUCUGAUGAAUCUAUGAAAUUUUUAACUUCAUUUAUGAAAUAAAGAAUUGAAUAGGAAGAAUUAUAAUUAAAAUAUUCCUAAACAGCUUCAUUAAACAGAUUGUUUAAAGAAUUUGGUAAUAUUCUAUUAAUGUUUUAGAUGGAAGGAUAAUGUAAUGCAACUAUCCUGAAUUUUCAAAAGCAGUAAGAACAAUUGAUUCUGCAAUGGAAAGAUAAACAGAUUAAAUUAAAAUAUUUAUUACAUGGAUGUAAAAUUAAACAAGAGAAAGAUUAGAAUAAGAAAUGAAUAAUUUUACAAAUCAAAAUAGAGGUUAUCAAUAUAUUUUAAUUAUAAAGAUCUUAUCAAUUCAUAUAAUAGAUAUAAGAAAACAUUAAUAGAUUUAGAUAAAGAUGUUAUAAAAUACUUUAAUAAAUAUGAUAAAAUGUACUAAAAUAUCACAAUUAAAGGUAAGAAACCAUAAAAAGACUUUUUAAGAGCUGAAUUAAAAUAUAAAUAGGUAUUUUAAUAUUUAUGAUUAUGCUUAGGCUGCUUCUAAAGUAAUAGUAUUUUAAAGAGAGUUUGGAACUUGGCUAUUAAAUAGCUGGAAUGAAAUAAAAUAAUUAGAGACUUAAAGAUUAGAUUUGGUUAAUCAUACAUUAUUAGAGUUUUAAAAUUAAGUAAUGAAUGUUUACGGUAAAAUUCCUUAACAUGAUUCUAUAAUUGGAGCAUUGAAUGGAGUUAAAGUUUAAUAAGAAGUAAAUAAUUUGUAUUCAUAUGAUUUUGUAUUGACAAAAUAGGAACUAGAAUUUAUUUAGACAGAAUAAUAAUAAGAAUUAGUAAAAUAUUUUCAAAAUUUCUAAGUAUUAAAAAUUAUUAAAUAUGUAUAGGUAAUUGAUAAAUAUGCUGAAUAAUCUCAUCCUUUAAUUCUAAAAUAAUUUUCAGCUUAAAGAGAUGUUGGAACUAUUGGUAAGACUUGGAUUGAGACUGGUAUUAUAAUUACAGUUGAUCAUUACUUUCUUACUUUUGAUGGUAAACCAACUAGGUUUUCAAAGCCUGAAAAUAAAUAUCCUCUUGAUGGAAUGAAAAUGACAACAAAAAAUGCUUUAGAAUUAGAGAUUUAAUUUGUAAUUCCUGGAUUAGUAAUGGAUUCAAAGAAGAAAUUACUAAUUCAAUUUAAGAAAUCUGAUGAAUUAGAGGAAAUAAUGUAUUUUCUAGAAACAGUUGGGCAAAAUAAAUUUGCUUUAAAUUGAA